AUGGUGACUACAAUUGGCGAAAGUGUCCAGGCAGGACUAACCCUGACCACCUCUAAUGACCCGCGAGACAAUCCUACAACUAUCAUCUCCUCGGAUGUGAAGAGCAGAUCUACGAAAGGUCCAUGGCAAAAGUUCGUAUCAUGGAUCUGGGAUCCCGACUACUACGAGAAAUCCAACGCCGAACGAAAGCUUGUCUUCAAGCUUGACUGCGCUCUGUUGUCCUUGUUGUGCUUUGGAUGGUUGAUGAAAUACAUCGAUCAGACCAAUUUGGCGAAUGCUUAUGUCCCUGGUAUGAAGGAGGAUCUACACAUUGAGGGUAACCAAUACACAUGGAUGCAAACUAUUUACAAUGUUGUGGUAUGCGUCAUGCAAUUGCCUUCAAACUUGAUCGUCCUCAAGGUGAGACCGUCCUGGUGGUUAGCCAUGUGCGAGAUCGGCUGGGCGAUCUUUACUUUUGCUCAAGCAGGGGCGCAAAACUGUCAACAGAUGUAUGCCUUCCGAUUCUUCGUAGCAUUCUUCGAGGCGGCGUUCCAGCCUGUGGCAUAUUUCAUCCUCGGUUCCUGGCUUUUUCGGGCUUUCUUCAAGCCGCCGUCUACAAGAACAUGGAUGGGGCGAUGUGCCAAAAAUGGGACAAUUACUCUCACAUCCGCUCUCAACUUACGAACUUUCAAGAGGGUCAUCUCAAAAUGGCACUUUUGGUUGCUCAUCCCCACCUACGUCUGUUACGCUUAUGGUAUCCAGAACUACAACUAUUUCGGUAUCUAUUUGAAGGCGGCCGGGUACUCUGUCAGUGCAAGGAAUAUACUACCCGCCUGCGGAAAUUUGAUUGGUAUACUUCCGCAAUUGACAUGGGGAUGGUUUCCCACAGUGAUCUUGGCUGUAUACCCCGAUUCCAACACUUUGAAAGUCUUCGCUUUCAUGGUCACUGGUACCUACUUCGUCACUCAUAUCUGUGUCAACGCAUGGCUACCAACGAUCAUUUUCCUGCAAACUGAAGGUCCUAGAUUUCCUAAAGGUUACCCUACAGUCUUAGGGUGCAAUUGCGCAGGUAUGGUCGGCUUCACGAUCAUUUGGCUCUUGCACAAGAGGCAGAUCAGACAGGAAGAAGCCGAUCUGGUAGGUACAGUGGAAGAGGCUGGAGUACCGAUGGAAGAGGUCGACGAUAAGACGGUGGAUGACAAGAACGUCACUCAAGUAUCUGUUCUCAAGGCAUAA